ACAAACUUAGACAUGGACGAGCAUCCAGGGGACACUGGGACUAAAACGGAGCCUAAAGUGUUUAACACGUUUGAAAUAAAAACAAGCGAUGUGUACAAGGUGGAUACAAAUUUACCGAAUCGCUUUAAUAAUCCAGAGUGCUUCAGAGGAUACAGCAAAAAGAUAAUCAACUCCCUGUACCAAACAACAAAUCAAACAUAUGGAAGCAAAAAGCCAACAGUUCAUGAAAUGCCGACAACCUUUAAUGGAAGUCAGCGGAAGUUUUCGGAGCUUUAUCUGAAAAGUGGGAUGUAUAGAGAUAAUGGAUUCAACACUGCGCUUGACAAGAGCCAAAUCACUGGACUGAACACAAUGACUGUGUUUCACAACACAGUCAAUUUCCAUUACUUGUGUCAAACAGAUGGGAAAUAUCAAUAA